CUUCGGCAACCGCUUUGACUACGAAGACAAGGAGUUCCUCUCUUUGCUGACUGCAAUGAUUGAAACCUUUCGCUUCACCAGCACGGCCCAGGGACAGCUCUUGGACAUCUUCUUUGGAAUCGUACAACGCCUGCCUGGCCCACAGCAAAGGACUUUCAAGAAGCUUUUGGAGCUGAAGGAAUUUGUUGCCAAGAAGGCACGGGCCAACCGAGAGACCCUGGACCCCAACUCCCCGCGGGACUUCAUUGACUGCUUCCUGGUGAAAACUCUGCAGGAAGAAAAAAAUCCCGACUCAUUCUUCUCCCUGGAGGAACUGGUCGCAACCACGCUUAAUAUCUUCUUUGGCGGUACAGAAACGGUCAGCACCACUUUGCGUUAUGGGUUCCUGAUCCUGCUGAGGUACCCAGAGGUGGAAGAGAAGAUGCACGAGGAGAUUGACCGCGUCAUUGGUCGGAAUCGGAUUCCCAGCAUGGAGGACCGGCCGCAGAUGCCCUACACCGAAGCUGUGAUUCAUGAGAUACAGAGAUUUGGCGACAUGCUACCCCUGGCGCUGCCACGGCGCGUCACGCGAGAUGUCCAGUUACGAGGGUACACCAUCCCCAAGGGGACGGAGGUAUUCCCCAUGCUGGGAACGGUGAUGAAGGACCCCAAACGUUUUGCAAGACCUGAGGAGUUUGACCCCCAGCACUUCCUGGAUGAGAAAGGGCAGUUCAAGAAGAACGAGGCGUUCAUGCCCUUCUCCACUGGGAAGCGCUACUGCUUUGGGGAGCGUCUGGCCCGUGCCGAGCUCUUCCUCUUCAUCACCAGCAUCCUGCAGAACUUCCGCUUCAAAUCAGCUGUCCCCCCUGAAGACAUCGACAUCUCCCCCUUGUUGGUGGGGUUUGCCACGAUCCCACGGCUCUAUGAGAUCUCUGUCAUCCCCCGCUGAGGAAGGGGCCCUCUUGAAGCACCGCAGCUGCCUCUCCAUCUCCAGAGAGCCUGGCACCUACGGGCACCCCGUCCCCUGCAUUCUGUCCCUCCUGUGCUCCGGACCCUGCCACUGUGCCCCUCCGUCACAGCCCUUUCCUCCAGCACCUUGAGGCAGACUCGCUUCAGCCGUUGGGGCGUUCACGCGGCGGCGCUCUGGAGAUGCCUGGGCCCAGGUCUCCCCCAUUCUCACCAUCUUCUGAAGGGGCUCUGCAUCUCUUUUGACCAGCCAGACAAGUUCGCCUCUGCAGCCGGGACUAGAAGAUUGGGCUCAGCUUGUGAAAGGUGCCUGAGAUGACCACAACUCACACGGCAUUCACGGGAGCCUCCUCCAACCUGGGUCUUGCUUACGGGGGUGAUGGAGGUGCAAUCCGUUUGAGCAGGCUGAUCUCUGGGACAGGCAGGAGGGUCAGCAGAUAUCCUAGUUUAAUCACGCCUCUUUCCUCGCAAAUUGCCAAACCAGGCGGGUAUAUAUCUUGUUAAGCUUGCAAAAUCUCUUCUGUAUAUUGACCUGUUUUAUGUAAGAAUAAACAUUCUUUGCAAACCUGAAA